UAAGAGGCACCCCCUUCACGCGCGCGCGCGCUCGCGUCGCAGGCGCACGCACACACGGGCGGACACAGACUCACAGACACGCACACACACGCACAAAGCUCGCUCGCCUCGAGCACACGAACGUGGCCGUUUUCUUUGUGUAGAGCCCUCGAGGGGGGUUGGGGCCCCGGUCCGGUCCGGGGGAGAUGGCGCAGCCCAUCCUGGGCCAGGGGAACCUGCCGCCCGCCUCGGCCGCUGGCCUGGCGUCCCUGGAGCUCGACUCGUCGCUGGACCAGUACGUGCAAAUUCGCAUCUUCAAAAUCAUCGUGAUUGGGGACUCCAACGUGGGUAAGACCUGCCUGACCUUCCGCUUCUGCGGGGGGACCUUCCCGGACAAGACGGAAGCCACCAUCGGCGUGGACUUCAGGGAGAAGACGGUGGAAAUCGAGGGCGAGAAGAUCAAGGUCCAGGUGUGGGACACGGCAGGUCAGGAACGUUUCCGCAAAAGCAUGGUUGAACAUUACUACCGCAAUGUGCACGCAGUGGUCUUCGUCUAUGAUGUCACCAAGAUGACUUCCUUCACCAACCUCAAAAUGUGGAUCCAAGAAUGCAACGGGCAUGCUGUGCCCCCACUGGUCCCGAAGGUGCUUGUGGGCAACAAGUGUGACUUGAGGGAACAGAUCCAGGUGCCCUCCAACCUAGCCCUGAAAUUUGCCGAUGCCCACAACAUGCUCUUGUUUGAGACAUCGGCCAAGGACCCCAAAGAGAGCCAGAACGUGGAGUCCAUUUUCAUGUGCCUGGCUUGCCGAUUGAAGGCCCAGAAAUCCCUGCUCUAUCGCGAUGCUGAAAGGCAGCAGGGGAAGGUGCAGAAACUGGAGUUCCCGCAGGAAGCUAACAGUAAAACUUCCUGUCCUUGUUGAAACCAAAUAGUGUGCAUAUCACUGCAAGGAUCACUGGAGGUUUUUUCCUUUUCCUUUUGUUCUGUGCCUGCAUAAUGCUGACACCUGCUUGUUUCCAUCAAACGGAUAUGAAAAUAAAAUUUGUAUAGAUUA